UUUCAUUUUGCUAUCAUAAAAGUGCUUCUGCAAGUGCAAUAAUACCUCGAGAAUAGUCGAGAAUAAUUUUAAUGUCAUUCGAUUUAAUAUAAUGUGAGAGUUUGGUUCAAUCUCUUUCAAGGAAUAUAAAAGAUUGGAGGAGCAAAUUGAAUUCGUUUAUAAAACAAGAGAUAAAAUCUCAUGCAUAUACUGUAAUUAUAAAUUUUUGUGGCGAUAAUUAUAAAUUACAGUAUGAGUAAAAACAUAGAUGUUUUAUCAGAAGAGAUUGAUGAGUUAAUGUUACGUAAAUUAGAACUAAUAGAGGAAAAAGUUCAUGGAAAUAUUCAAAUGGAAACAUUGCUGAAGGAUGGCCACAUCGAGCUGGCAAAAGCAAAAUAUAUUCGUGGAAAGGAGAAUAUCGGUAUGUUACAAGUUCCAAAUAGCGAAGAUACAGUGACAUCCUUGUUUGAUUUGGAGACUAAAACAAUAAAUGAGGAUAAUGAUACUGAGCCAUGUUUUGACAUCAGUUUUAAAAAAUUAAGCGAUGACGCAGAUGGACCAAAAGAUCCUAUAAAAUGGUUUGGUGUAUUGGUUCCACAAAACUUGAAAAAUAGUCAGAAGCGUUUCCAGGAAUCCAUCUAUCUUGCUGCAAAGAUAGCAAAUACACAGGCAGAGCUUAUUUCUGUACUCUCCAAGCUGAAAAUAUUAUGUAUUGAAAAAGAUAGUUUAUGUUCUCCAAAUAGUAUUAAAACUUAAGC